CUGGCGAGAAAAGGCGGGUAAAUGUCUCGUGAAGGCGCGAGGAUGCCUGUUGCUUUGUGUUGCUUCGGCUGAUUCGGUUCCGCAAGCAGAAUUCACACGAUUUUCCCGCAUUUCUUUUCGUCCAAAGUACUCGAAGUCACGGAAUCUGUCAGGCAAAAACAAACGUCACCAUGUUCGAGGCACGUCUGACGCAGAGCGCGAUCCUGAAGAAGGUAUUGGACGCGGUGAAGGAUCUCCUGACGGAAGCGACGUUCGAAUGUUCCGACUCGGGGAUCCAGGUCCAGGCGAUGGACAACGCUCACGUUUCCCUGGUAUCCUUAAACCUCAGGAGUGAUGGCUUUGACAAGUAUCGUUGCGACCGGAAUUUGUCGAUGGGGAUGAGCAUCAGCUGCAUGUCAAAGAUCCUGCGAUGUGCUGGUGCGGAAGACACAGUAACCCUCAGGGCUUUAGAUAAUCCCGAAUCUAUCGUUUUUAUAUUCGAAUCGCCGAACAAAGACAAGCUCGCCGAAUAUGAAAUGAAGCUGAUCAACAUGGAUCAGGAGCACCUUGGCAUUCCUGAAACCUCUUACUCGUGUGUCGUGAAAAUGCCAUCUGCAGAAUUUACUCGCAUAUGCAGAGAUUUGAGUCAGUUUGGAGAAUCUAUAACUUUUGCCUGUACCAAAGAAGGUAUAAAAUUCAGUGCAACUGGUGAUUAUGGCUCAGCUAAUAUCAAAUUAGCACAGACUGCAGACGCUGAUAAUGAAGAGGAAGCAGUAGUAGUUAACAUGCAGGAACCAGUAAAGUUAACAUUUUCUUGUCGUUAUUUGAAUUGUUUUGUAAAGGCUGGUCCUCUUUGCAAUCAAGUUCAACUGUCCAUGUCUGACGAUGUGCCUUUAGUAUGUGAAUAUAAGAUUGGAGAUAUUGGACACAUCAGGUAUUACCUGGCGCCCAAGAUCGAUGACGAGGAGGAAAAUUAAAAUAAAUGAAAUAAAAAGAUGAAUCGGCUUGACACGUUAAUUCUAAUAAGGGGACAAUAUCAUACAUGUAUUUUAAUGGAGAGAAAAUUAAAUAUGCCGUAUUCAAUAUUGAGGUACAAGUAACGCAAAAUUAGAUGUACUUUUAAGGUAAUAUAUUAUUUGAAUUUUA